AUGCUUUCCCGUCUUAUAAGCUCAUUCAACCCUCCCACCACUCCUUCUGCGCUCCUUGUUAUUGGCAAUUUUGGUGCCACAAUCCGCGUUCAUCUCCUACCCGAGAACGGCACCAUCGAACGCUUCAGCCUCACAGCCCCAUCUUCGUCCACCACCUUCCGCCACUGUGGAGCCACGGAGCAGGCACGUGAGCAUAUCGGCGCAGUCACACUUCACGUUGGAGACGGUGAGACUGCCGAUAGCUUCCUCGACGACGUUCAGGCACGAAUCCGUAAGCUGCGGGAUGAUUCCCUAAGUUCGAGCCCGGCGCAGCUGCACACAGGCAGUGUUGAGGUGACUCAGCUAGUGCAAGACGUCCUUCAGCCCGUAGCGCUCGAUGCGAUUCGCGAAAGAGAGGAGCGAGGUCACUCUAUGCAAGCGACGCAGACGUACCCUGUUUUUGUCGUUUAUAUAAUACGCUCGAGGGCAAGGAUGAUACUGACUGAACCGACGAGCUUUCCUUAA